CGUCCAGUUGUAGGCUCAGCUAUGAUGGCAGCCGUAGGUUGACAUCAGUACCAUACUGAAUAUAAAGUAUUUAAAAGUUAGCGGAAACCCCCUUGACACAAUAACGUGGAACAAAUUAACAGUUUUCUGAUAGUACACGCUUAAAACACACACCUGCCCGGUUUGGGGAACGUGGCACUAUGCCCGCAGCUACUGUGGAUCACAGCCAAAGAAUAUGUGAGGUUUGGGCCAACAACCUGGAGGAGGAGCUCAAGAGGAUCCGACAUGUCAUUCGAAAGUACAACUACAUUGCCAUGGACACAGAGUUUCCAGGUGUUGUGGCCAGGCCGAUCGGAGAGUUCAGAAGCAACGCUGACUAUCAGUACCAAUUACUGCGCUGCAAUGUGGAUUUGCUCAAGAUAAUACAGCUGGGCCUCACAUUUAUGAACGAGCAGGGGGACUACCCACCCGGGACAUCAACGUGGCAGUUCAAUUUUAAGUUUAACCUCACAGAAGAUAUGUAUGCACAGGACUCCAUUGAGCUCCUGACCACUUCAGGGAUUCAGUUCAAGAAGCACGAGGACGAAGGCAUCGAGACACUUUACUUUGCAGAGCUGCUGAUGACAUCAGGUGUGGUGCUUUGCGAUGGAGUCAAGUGGCUGUCUUUUCACAGUGGCUAUGACUUCGGAUACCUGAUUAAGAUUCUGUCCAACGCUAACCUUCCUGAGGAGGAGGUGGACUUCUUUGAGAUUCUUCGCCUGUACUUCCCAGUCAUUUACGAUGUCAAGUACCUCAUGAAGAGCUGUAAAAAUCUGAAGGGUGGGCUUCAGGAAGUAGCUGAGCAACUGGAGCUGGAGAGGAUUGGACCACAACAUCAGGCCGGCUCUGAUUCUUUACUCACAGGCAUGGCUUUCUUCAAGAUGAGAGAGAUGUUCUUUGAGGAUCAUAUCGAUGACGCAAAGUACUGCGGUCACUUGUAUGGGCUCGGCUCGGGCUCCGCCUACGUCCAGAACGGAACUGGAAACGCUUAUGAAGAAGAAGCUAACAAGCAGCAGUCGUGACAUCACUCCGCAACUCUUCCCAUCAUGCACAUCACAUCCUCAGUCAGCACGGCACCGACGCCGAGCUCCGACACCUGAGUGACAAUAAUAACAGAAGACGAAAAUAACAUACACAUGCAUCGUUUAGCAAGCUGUUUUCUCAGUUUCUCAUAGGCUCUGCUCACCUUAGACCAAUGAAUAUGAUGGUCCAAAAGAAGAAAAAAAAAAUCACAGCUGUCCUCACACAUGCAGCAGCUGCAUGUGUUUGAGUUUAGUCUUUUAUUCCUAAGAGGCGGCGUAGAUAGUGUGGUCGAUUCAGUUAAAUUUAACAUGCUUGAUAAGAUGGGAUUUUAGUUUUCCUAAAGUGUUCUGUAGAAAUGUUUUGCACUUUAAAGCUCUAACCUGGUUUUAUAAGGAAAGCUGAAAAUGUUUCCUGUGUGUGUGUGUGUGUGUGUGUGUGUGUGUGUGUGUGUGUGUGUGUGUGUGUGUGUGUGUGUGUGUGUGUGUGUGUGUGUGUGUCUGUCUCUCUCUCUCUCUGGCCUCUUUGUUGCCUUUUCUAUGUUCCCAUUUUACAUUGUGAACAUGUAAAACUACUAUCACAACUCUCACCACGCUCAGCCUUAAAAAUACCUGCAUUCUUAUUGUUUAACUUUUUAAUUUAUUGGCAUUGACUAGUUGCUCCAUUCAACACUAAGACCACACACAUUGCCUCUCUAAUAGCUGAGUGUGUUGACGUGCACUCGAAUCUUGAGGACUUUUCUAAUUGGUCCCCAUAAAGAUUGAGUUUAUAACGACCUGAAUAAGAGCUAAUCCCACUGUGAUAAGCCUUUAACCACUGAACUGGUGCGGACGAUGAAGCAAGUGGAUGCAGUUUCUUUAUUUUUACAGUUAUGGGGAAUCUCAGCUUAGUGGCAUAGUAUGUACCCAGAUGCAUACAGAUGGUUUUCAUUGAUCAUGCAUGCAAACACCCUCAUUGGCAGUUACACAUAUGGACAGAGGUAUCACCUCUCCACAUGGUCAGCCACGCUAAAGUUACUGAAAAACGUUGAUAACAGGAAAAAUCCAGCUGUAGGACAAGCUGAGGUUACCAGGAACUACUCUGUUGAGAGUACAUUUUCAUUUUAAUUGAAGUUUCUCGAGUUUAGUGUUGUAAUAAAAGAAGCAGAAACCUUGAGUGAUGGUGCUUUUUAACAAGCAUCUUUGUUCCACAGGAGUUGGCUUCACUUGUAGUUCUGACCUUGGGAUUACACUUUUUUUGUGCUCUUCGUUUUCCUUCAUGUGUUACUUUCCAGUUCAUUCAUGCUGCGUGAAACAGCCGCGUGUACAAAACAACAAAAGAAUAAAUGCUGUGUUGUUGAAUAAUACCCUGAACUUGCAUAGGUGUGUGUUGAAGUGUAGGCUCACGGCUUAUUAACCUCCCUCGGCGGCAGAAACUUGACAGCUGAAGCACUUCUUUCUUUCUUUGUGCAGUACAUCUCUCUCAUACUGUAACAGAGUCGAAGAAGAAUAUGCAAUACUACAGAGGAAUGUUUUUAGAUUAUUUUGUAAAUAAAGGCUUGAAAUUUUUCUACCAU